AUGGGCCCCCUGAAAGAGAGUCAGGGAUCCCCAGGGGCCCAGGGACCAUACUUUCUCCUUCAGUCUGACAUGGCAGAAAAACCAACGCGUAUGUCCACACAAAUACCCGAUGAUGAAGAUAUACAAAAAGAAGAUAAUAUCCGUUGCUUAACUCUGCUUGGUCAUUUUGGUUUUGAUUGUUUGCCUCAUCAACUGAUGAACAAAUCUAUUCAACAAGGGUUCUUUUUCAAUAUUCUCUGUGUGGGGGAAACGGGGAUUGGAAAAUCAACAUUGAUCGACACACUCUUCAAUACUAAUUUGAAAGACAAAAAAUCCUCACAUUUUUACCCAAAUGUUGGACUUAAAAUUCAGACAUAUGAACUUCAGGAAAGCAAUAUUCAAUUUAAUUUAACUGUUGUGAAAACAGUGGGGUAUGGUGAUCAAAUAAACAAGGAAGCCAGCUACCAGCCGAUAGUUGACUACAUAGAUGCUCAAUUUGAGUCCUAUCUUCAAGAAGAAUUGAAAAUUAAGCGUUCCUUUGUUGACUACCAUGAUUCCCGUAUCCACGUGUGCCUUUACUUCAUUUCACCUACAGGACAUUCUCUGAAAUCCCUUGAUCUAUUAACCAUGAAGAACAUUGACAGUAAGGUGAACAUUAUACCACUGAUUGCCAAAGCAGAUACAAUCUCUAAAAAUGAUUUACAGAAAUUUAAGUGUAAGAUAAUGAGUGAAUUGAUUAGUAAUGGCAUCCAGAUAUACCAACUCCCAACAGAUGAUGAAGCUACCACACACGUGAACACCUCAAUGAAUGGACUCUUACCUUUUGCUGUAGUAGGAAGUAUGGAUGAAGUGAAAGUUGGAAAAAGAAUGGUCAGAGGCCGUCAGUACCCUUGGGGAGUUUUACAAGUGGAAAAUGAAGAUCACUGUGACUUUGUGAAGCUCCGGGAUGUGCUUCUUUAUACAAACAUGGAAGACUUGAAAGAACAAACCCACACUUGGCACUAUGAACGUUACAGGUGCAGCAAACUUCAGAAAAUGGGAUUUACUGAUGUGGGUCCAGACAACCAGCCAGUUAGUUUUCAAGAGAUCUAUGAAGCCAAAAGGCAGGAGUUCUUGGAUCAAUGUCAGAGGGAAGAAGAAGAGUUGAAACAGAAGUUUAUGCAGAGAGUAAAGCAGAAAGAAACAGCAUUUAAAGAAGCUGAAAAAGAGCUACAGGACAAGUUUGAGCAUCUUAAGAGGGUCCAACAAGAGGAGACAAUGAAACUUGAGGAGGAGAGAAGACAAUUGGAAGAAGAAAUAAUAGAUUUUUAUAAAAUGAAGGCUGCCUCUGGAACAUUGCAGACUCAGGGGUGUACCAAUAUAAGGAAGGACAAAGAUCGUAAGAAAUAA